AUGCUCGACGUCGUAGACUUCAUUUCUGAACGGGGUGGUAACCCAGAAAAGAUUCGGGAUUCGCAGCGACGGCGAUAUGCUGAUGUCGAAGUUGUGGACCAAGUGAUCGCGCUUUGGGAGGACCACCGAAAGACGCUUUACCAAGCUACACAGGUUGGGUCGAAGAUCAACGAAGUCCAAAAACAAAUUGGCAUAAAGAAGAAGGCGAAAGAAGACGCCUCAGAACUUUUAGAGCAAAAAGUUGCUCUUGACCUGGAGAAGAAGGCCCUGAUCGAUGCUGCGAGCGAGAAAGAAGCCAGUCUAAAGGCAAAGGUUUCUUCUAUUGGAAACAUUGUUCAUGAAACCGUGCCCGUCAGCAAUAAUGAGGAUGAUAACGAAAUUCAAAAACAUGGGCUCCAGAAGGACUUGUCGUUGAGAAGAAACAGUGUCUUUCGCACCACGAAGUCCUCCUCCGUCUUGACGGAUAUGACCAGGAUAGAGGAGUAA